AUUCAAGUCAAGAAACACCAAUAAAGAUUUUUUGUUUACAAAAUGGACAACUUUCCUGAAAGCACCGAAGUCAAUCGUGCCGUUAUGCACGAAGUCAAAUUGACCCUACUUGGGUCCCUCGCGGUCAAUGUAGUUUGGUGGCUGGCCGUCAACAUUGUAGGCGUCAUGUUUCCAAUGAUGCAUUUUGCUUUGGUCUGCUUAACUCUGCUAUUUCUUCCCGUCUUGGACCAAAAAGAGUACCGUGUGGACCCUCCGACUUCAAUCUAUCUUGUCCGAACUUUGACCAACGUGGUCCUCUUCUUCAUCGGUCUCAUUGUCCUCGGUCCAUUCGGAAUUCUUCUACAGACAGCAGUUCCUUCAGGGAUUUUUCAAUUUGCAUUGUCCUGGAUGGCGAUCAGUGCGAUCUUUGCAGCCCUGCGAGCCGCGCUGAUGGGCGCCAUGAUUGUCGUCAAGAAUUUCACUUAAGCAACCUGCUCGAAA